AUAGAGAACACGACGAACCGGCAAGUGACUUUCUCAAAGAGGAGAAACGGGCUCAUCAAGAAAGCUUACGAGCUCUCUGUUCUCUGCGAUGUCGAUGUUGCCCUCAUCUUGUUUUCCCCUUCCGGCAGGCUCACCUUCUUCUCCGGCCCCAAUAAUAUUGAAGAUAUUCUGAGCCGAUACGUCAACCUCGCCGAGAAGGAACGAGGACGGCUGAAUAAGUUUGAGUUGUUGCAAAACGCUGUUGCCAAGUUGCAGGCUGAAAGCGACCAUCACGCUGCUUGCUUCCCAGGUGGCGGCGGCGCAGGACCAAGUGGCUUCUCAGAUGCUUCUGACAGCCAGCUCCAGGAGUUUGAACGAGUUGGUAGAUUAAGAGACGAGAUUGAGGCCCUGCAGAGACAACUAAGGAUAUUUGAGGGCGAUGUUUCUCAAAUAAUGACAACGGGUGAGGCUGAUUACCAAGAACAAAUGCUCUAUCAGACAUUACAACGUGUCCUCAACCGUAAGCAAGUUUUGGAGAUGAAGUUGGUCGCUGCUGGUUCAAUGUCCUUUUCGCAGGUUCAGGUACCUCCUCUUGAUCAUGAUGCAAAUGGCCUCGUGAUCACCGCCAACGAAUUGCCUCCGACUGUCUUGGAAAGGACUCCUCACUAUCAUGAUCCACAAAACCAAGUCCUAGACUUCCAGAAUUCCAAUGUCCUUCUCCCAGACAGAAGGCAGCUGGCACCAAUCCCUCCGGUUCAUAUCGAAGAUCUGCUCUCACAGGCUGUUGAGGAAAUGCCAGGGCACAGGACGUGGGAGGAGCUGCUGCUGUUGAGCAGUAUGGAUAAUCUCAACUGAAUGAGCAUAUUGUGCAGUAAGCAUUUGUGCUCACAGAACAUGGUGAAUCUGACCAUGUGAGGUAGAGAGAGAAAGAGAGUGGGCUGGGAAACAAGAGAGUGGGGAGUGAGGAUGAGAGAGAAUGGAUUCAUGGAACUAGGAAGUUUGAGUAAUAUGGGGCAGCAAAGAUAGGAAGUUCAAUGAUGAG